CCUAUGUGCCACUAUGACAAAAAUCUGAUGCUCCGAUAUCCACGCGGUCAAACAUCCACUCAUACCGCUUUCGAAGAAAUCCACACCUCAGAUCCAUUAUUGAACAUGAGCAUGCACUUGCAUAAGUAAGGCUAGGUCUCACAAGUCUAUGGGAUGAACUCAUAAGCUCACUGUGGUUUCACCCGUCCAGGUCCAGAUGGAUGCCAACAUCACACCCAUCAACGUUCUCGUGGCUUGACAAUGUUGAGCAACUCGGAAGCACAAGCUUGACCAACGAUGGGUUACACUAUAGAACUUUAGGACGUGCAUCCAGCGAUCAAGAUUCAACGACUUCAACCCUGCACUCUUGUCUUAAGUUACUUGACCAGCACUGUGACAGGCUUAACAAUACUUACAAGGAAAUUCUCGAGAUUCGCACCCACAUUGCAGAAAUUCUUGCUAGCUCCCAGUCGGAAGUAGCCAUGGGGAAUGUGGGUGCAUGGGACAGCAGCGUUGACCAAUCAUCGGCACAGUAUGCAUCUCUUUCGCAACCAUCUGUCGGGGUCAUUAGUACCCUGCCAGAGGGAACAGGUCCUCCUGUCCACCAAUUUUCUCAAGAACCAUUACUUCCCGGUGCCUCCAGUUCUGUCAGCCAUGAGCUUGGUACACAGUCAUCCUUACCUGAAGAUGACACGUGCUCUGAGGAACAGACGUUAUCUGGCCCUUUAGUCAGACGCCACCAACGACUGUAUCUCCCAGUUGUACAGGAUGGCGAGGAUAAGGUGAAAUGCAUGUGGUCAGGGUGUUCAAGUGUUAUCAAGAAAGAUAGCUACACUCGCCAUGUGAGCGAGGUUCAUAAACGUCGGUUUAAGGCUGUCUGCACUACCUGUAGAAAGGAGUUCCUGCGUCCAUAUAUGAAGAAGACUCAUAUCUGUCCUCGUCGAUUUUCCAAACGUAGCAGUUCCUAGACCAAGGAAGCUCCCCACAAGGCGUCUAGUAUAUCACAUUUAUUGUAAUAUCGUUCGUAUAAUCACCGACGUCGUCAUCCACCCUAUUCGUUUUUUAAAAGCAAUUUAAUGUUCAAUUUUCCAGUGUUCA